AAGAGCAACAGAAGCAGCAGCAUCUUGCUUACAUACAUUUUUUUUUGUUGGCUCUCUGCCUGCGCUCUGACUUGCUCAUUCAAUAGAGCGAUUCGCGACGAUUUCAGUCAUCAGUCCUCGUUUGGUAGUAAACUUCUUCGCCGUCGUCGUGUCGUGGCGUAGGAAGUCAUUCCGCCGCACUGUCGUGGUGUAUUUAGCGUAUAGUGGAGUGCAUUGUAGUAGUAGGCUACAUUGAAGUGGAUGCAGUGUGUAAAAUUUUAUCGCAAAAAGGAACGUCUUUCCUCCCAUCUCACACUCGGUUCGUAAUUUGUCGUGCAAAAGUUUUCAUAAUGAUUUGAAAAAAAAUGGAAGUUCUGUGAUUUGUGCUAGAGUUGCAAGUUUUCUAUUGUGGGGCAACAAAACCAGGGCGGAUAAGAAAAAAAAUUGAAGUGUUUCAAUAAUUGGAAAAAAUAAGUCACCGAAGAUGGCAAUCGAAGUGCUCUAAUGGUAAAUUGGGAAAAUUUGCUGGUUCCGUGUGUGUCCUGGGAUAAUCCCGGUUGGAAAGUGAAUUUUUUACAGCUGUGAGGCGUAAAUUACCAGUGGCUAACGCCCCAUCCGAGGUGUAUCUGGAGAAAAAUCUACUCCCACCUACUUCACCACCGCCGUCUGCAGUGGUUCUUGUCGUGCGGCGACUGUCAUGAACUCCAGAAUAAAGGAGGAUGUCAGCCGACUGUUCGAGUACUGGUGUGAAAUUGCUCCCGGGACUGCGACGCCGACGACGGCAUCGCCUUCGUCUCCCGGUCCUGGUGGGAACGACAACAACAGCUCGGGUUAUAUUGUGCAGAGCUUUCCGGAGUCGUUCAAAGAUGCCAAGGUGAUUGCCGAUAUUCCGGCGUUCGCCUAUCCGUGCUCAUUCGAGAGGCGCACGAUCCAGGUGCACUCGUUCGUACUGACCAACAUCGACUCCAAGUGGCGUUUCGGAUUCUGCAGGCAUGAUCCGAAAUCGCCCACGGCGAUGGUCAUCGUCACCUACCUGCCAUGGCACGAUACCUUCAUCCGGUUUCUGAAUGUGCUGGCUGAUGUGCGGAAACAUUCACAGACCGAGUUUGAGUCAUUCCUGACGGAAGCCUACAACAAGGGUGUCCCCGAACCGGGCGGAUGCCUCAAACUGCAGUACGAUAGGCCCGUGCAAACGUUUAGCUUUCAGAGGCCGCAGCAGUUUCUGCUGCCCAGUAUACCAGAGAAUCACAAUCUGAACCUGUACUACAACUUCGUGGAGCCGAAGUUUAUGAUAGGGAUUUUCGCCGCAAUGCUGGCAGAGCGACGAAUAAUCUUCGUAUCCCGUCGGUUGGACAUUCUAGCAUCCUGCAUUCAGGCCGCCAAUGCAUUCCUCUAUCCGAUGGUGUGGCAGCACAUCUUCAUUCCAGUUCUGCCGAUGAAAAUGAAGGACAUCCUGGGUGCCCCGAUGCCCUUCCUGAUCGGUGUACCGGAGGCCGUGUACGAAUCGCUCCGCCGGGAAGAGGUGGGCGAUGUCGUCAUACUGAACUGUGAUAAACGAACGCUGGAAACGCCGUUCGACGAUGUAAAAAACAUGCCACCGGAGCUGGUUGCCUCGCUGAAAAAACAUCUGGCCAAUCCGGCCGAACAUCGGGGCGAUCGUGUGUCGAAGAUAUUUUUAGGUAUAUUAGUGCAAUUAAUUGGCGGGUAUCGGGACGCGGUGAAGUUCAAUGACAAGAUUACGUUCGAUCCGGACACAUUCAUCGACACUCGACCGUCGCACCUGAGACCAUUCCUCACGAACAUGCUACAGCUGCAAAUAUUCCAACAGUUCAUCGAAGAGCGACUGGACAUGCUCAAUACCGGUCAGGGGUUUUCGGAUGAGUUCGAGGUGGAGUGCUUCCGCUAUGCGGAAAAGUCCGGACGCAAGGUGAAACAGUACAAGGAUCUGCUGAAGAAUUUUAAAGAUAAGACCAAUCCGGCUGUUCGAUCAGCAGUGAAAUCGGUGAAGGAAGGCGGCAAAGGAGUCAAAACGGCCUACAAGGGUCUUCGGUCUAAGUUCCGAGAGACAACGCCACCAAAGUCGAAGCUAGAUAGCAGUCUACACUCGCACAUGUCCCAGUACGACAUCGGGCACCAGUCGGCACCGAACUCACCCGUUUUUAACAAACGACCGCAAACGAUCGCCCUGCCGGACGAUUCGUAUCACAAUCACGCGCAAAUGUUGACUCCUUCGAGCACUUCGCUGUACAACUCGCCGCACAUCAUGAUGAGCAAUAAUAGCCAUAACAAUUACAACACCAUCACCGGAUGCAGUACCAGUGCGAUGAACAACAAUUUCAGCUCCAGCAACAACAACCAUCACAACCACAACUACAACACCAGCAGCAGCAGUGACGUGCGCAGUCCGUCGCUCAGUUUGAGCCCUACCAGUUCGAACUCGUCGUCGGAGAUGAACCUGCUCCAGGAGUUGCAACAUUUGGCACUGUUUAAAUCGCCGGCGGUCAACAGAAAUCUCAAACCAGCGUACAGCAUGGACUCAACCCAGCGGCCAUCGUCCCGGACGGGAGCCCCCCUGAGUCCGCCCGGUUCUGGUCACACGCUACCCCGAAUACAAGAAGCGCCAGUGCCGUUACAGUUGGAUCUGAACGCUGAUCGGAAUCCGGUGGGAUCCGGGAAUCGAGAAAAUGGUCGGACUGAAAAUAGCUACAACAACAACCUCAACGAUCACAACUUUGAUCUUUCGCCAGACAUGCCCUGUCCACCGGUGCCACCGCGCCGUUUCCAAACAGCAGCCGAAGCUCUGGCUGCCAUUCAAAUAACACCCCCGCCCAUGUCUCCCCCUUCGUCUUCCUCGUCGACCUCGGCGUCCCCCUAUCGAAACUAUAACUUCCUUCAUCAAACUGCCAUCAUGAUGCAAUCCAAAGUAAACCAAACAGUUCCGAAUCCGAACACGACCGGACCAACGUCCCCGUCAGUGAAUGGUCAAUCGCCGCCGCUUCCAUCGCCACCACCGCCACCGCCCCUGAAAGCGACCCAGAACGAUCCGUUAGUGACGCAGUUCGACGACGACGAACUGAUCACCUUAAUGCCAAAUAAUUCCACCAAUGCUAGUAGCCAAAUCGUACUGCAAUCGACGGGCGGAGGUGGUGGCGACGGUGAAGGCAACAUCAUCAGCCAUCAUUCCAGCAGUACGCAGCCACCACACGUUCCUUUUCACCAUAACAACCACCAAAAGCCACAGGCUCCGCAGCCACCGCAGAGGCCACCGCUGGCACCGAAGCCCACCUUCCGAAAAGAGUCUAACAUCGACGUGGCUGACGCUAAUGCACUCACCACAACCGCUACCGCAUCCAUAUCUCCUGUGCCCAGAACGGGGAUCACUACCCCCAUCAGACCCCCGUCGCCAUUCGCCAACGAGCCAGACAGUUCCCAAGACCUGAUCAACCUGGACACGACCAACUCCAGCUUUGAGCUAGAAGACUUUGAUCCGCUGAAUGACAAUGCUAAGCCAAUUCCGACCGUACCGUCGGUUCCAUGUGCACUAAUCACACCCAGCACUGCCCCGAUCAAGGCCAGCCGAUCCCCGCCAGUCGCACACGCUAUCGGUUUCGAUAAUCCUAUCUAUCCCUACUUUACACCGACACAUCUCCACGGUGCAACCAAAUCGUUAACGUCGUCGCCGCUGUCCACGUCGUUCAAUGCCGGCACCACAACCAACAAUCCACUACUGAAAAACUUGCAUCACACACAUCAUCAACAUUCACUGUCACAAGGAAACUUCAUCACUCCGGCACGGGGCGGACCACCGACUGUUGGUCCUGGUAGCGGUGCCACUAAGCUCAUCAAUAGCGCACAAGACGAUUUCGAACUGCUACGAAACUACGGUCUAGAUAAGUUCUCACUUCUAGAUAGCGCUAGUAUCGAUACUGAGAAGCAACAACAACAACAACAAAAACAUCACAUGGCAAGUCUUCUAAGCAACAACACAGUUCAUCAUCAGCAACAGGGAAAUACGAAUACUAACGGUAGUAGUCAUACUAGUAAUGGUAGUAGUAGAAAUAGUAGUAAUAAUGUUAGAGAUAUUGAAUUCAGCAAGCUGAGUAGUGUAACGAAUAUUGUAAAUGGUCGCGCGAUUAGUGGCAGUACUAGCUCCGGCAGUACUAGACCGUUCAACAAUUGGACCACCUUCGACUGAUAGGUUUGUUUCUGUGUACAUAUGUAUUUAGAUAAUCGGCAUUUCGAUAGGAGAAUAAACCGCAGAGUAGUAUUGUUUUUGUGAGCGUUUAGUUUUUUUUUGUGUUGAAGGUGUGUUUUCUUUCUUGUUAUGAAGACAUUGUUUUUUUUUUCUUCAGUGUGGCAUCAGUUCUCACUAAAUAUUUGUAUAUAAAGAAAACAAGAAUAAGUUGUUACAUUAUUUAUAUAGAGUAGACAUUACAGUAGUAAUUUAUCUGGGAGGCUACGAAGCCUCAAUGAUGCAAGUACCGAUAAUCAGUGUCAGAAUCGCGCGACAGUGCAAAAUCAUGCAUUUUGGUAAGAUCGACAACCAAAACUACAAUCUAUCUGUAAUGGAAACAAAACUUCAAAUGACAGUUAUUAUAAACACUGCUUGUCACACUUCUAAUCAUAGUGCUAGUGGAAAGUGAUCGAAUCGAUAUAGGGAAUGUUUUAAUAAAUAUAAUUGAGAAGACGAACAGUUUGCGAACGUUAGAAAAGCAAUGUUUUGAACGAAGGGAAGGGGGCGAGAGUUUGAACAGAUACAUAUUUAUGAAGUUAGUGAUGAGAAGAUACGCAAGACGGAAAUUUUAAACAACAAAAGGCAUACCUAUAUACUGAUAUUAAAGAACUCUUCUAGUGUUGAUAACGUUGUUACGUAAACUUUUAAAAAUGGAUCGACUAAAAAUAGAAAAGACAAGAAAAGUGUAAACAAUUCAAUCACGAUGGUAUUUUUAAUACCGAACGGUACAUCUCGGAUGUGUAGCAAAGCACAACUUCACUAUCUCUCCUAAUAUUUUCGAUACUGAUUUUGGAACGAAAUUGAAUGCUGCCGGUGAUGGUAGGUAGACUGUUGAAUAUAUUUUCAUUAUGGUGAACAUCCAGCUGCAUUUUAUUUCAGUUAUUCAAACAUAAAUAAUAUGAAUCAAGAGAGGUCCAAAGAGUACAUUUCAUCACACUUUUCUGCAUUUGUUAUACUAAUUUAGUUGUGAUAGCUAUUCUCAGUCCAAAAUCAAUUUAAAAAACCCUUCUUAAUCCAUCUAGUGGUGUGAUAAUGCCUUUCUCUUUUUUCAUAACAGUGUCAUGAAAAUAUAUUUCAUACUUUUAUCAAAUAAUUUCGGAUACCAAUUUUGACACCAAUUGAUUCAGAUUGAUUAAAGUAGUUCACAAAAGCAUGCUUCAGUGUUUAUGUCACACAGUCACCAUCAUUUUUCCAAACUAGUGCUUGACAUUUGCGUUGCCUAUUUGUAUGAGAACAGUGAUGCUAAUCUAAAAAAAACCCUUCUCAGUCCACUUAGUGGAAUUUUCAUAUAUCUUGAAAAAUCACCAUAGGGAGCACAUGAAAUUUUCGAAAUCAAAAAAAAAAUUGAUGCUAAAAAGCUUAGAAUUGCAUGAAACGUCGAGAUUUAGUGUCAUCUCGAAAAAAAAAAUUUUUUGAAUAAUCGACUUUUUGGGAAAAAAUAUCAAAAUUCUCAGAAAGUCAAUACUUUCGAAAAUUUGUUUUUUUUAAAUAACACUAAAUCUUGACGUUUCAUGCAAUUUUAAGAUUUUUGGCAUAAAAAAAAAUUUACAAUUUCGGAAAUUUCAUGUACCUCUCCCCUAUGGUGCUUUUUCAAGAUCGAAAAUUUUCAAACUUUAACCGCUGGGCAGCACUUCUUACUCAUUCAUCAUUCAUCAUUCCGGUUUUUGCAGACAUAAAACCAUUUAUUUUAAGCAACUUUUAGACUGAUCUCUCGAAUAGUGACCUAAAAACGAAUUCUUACGUUAAACCUAAAUUUAGAGUAAGAGUUACUCAUUAUCAUUGACUGAAUUUUUGACGUUUCCAUGUAUCAGUUGAAAAGAAGUAACUAAUACUCAGAAUCUGAGUAACUUUUUCUAAGCGUGUGGACAUUCAGAUUGGGCAGAAUUGUCAACAUAAGUGAGGGUCAUGAGUACCAACAUAACGAUCAAAAAUCAGUCAAACGUAGCCCGCGAAAAUUCAAAAUUCACCAUAUUUUUUAACAAAGAUCGUGUCUUCAUUUCGUAAUGAAUUUGAGUUAAUUGGAGUUGAAUGUACGUGGUUUCUCAUUUUAACAUCAAUUUUUCAUGAAAGUAAUCAAUGAAGGCUGUAAUCGCAAUAAUUGACUUUCAAACAUGUUCACAAGAAAGUUCGAUUCUGUUGCAACAUUCAGGAAACAUCAUUACAUUGUUGCAACUCGCUUGCAUCAAGAAAUGCCCGCUCCUUGGCGUUGACACAAAUUAUUUUGAGAUUAACUAUCUAUAUGAAAUAUGUAAAUCUACAAGUCCAAUGACAUAUACAAUGUCACUUUAUUGUGAUUUCCAUUUGGAACUUCGAAUGGAAAUUUUUCGAUCAGGCGGCAUUAGUUCAAAAUUUUUUCCGAUCAAAAUAUGUGAGUAAUUUGAAAUGGUUUUGCCACUAACGCAAUUUGUCAAUGAUGAGUACUUUAUUAUGUGAAAUAGACCUUAGCUCCCAUCGAAACGGGAUGAUGAACAGUGAACAAACAGAUGAUUGUUGAGCACAAUCAUUAGUAACUCUAGACACGAUAAUCCGAUUGUAGUGAUAAUGUUCGAAAAUGUCUUUUCAUUUCCGAAUAGAAAAUUUCAAACAAUCCCUACUUCAUUCACGGCAGCUUUCAAUGAAUCAAAAACUUAAUACUAAAAUGUUUAGAUUGCUACUCUUGGUUUUGGGUCACCGUCAGAGGAACAAUUUUGUAUAUCAGCUUUUGUACUAUUGUAUAACGGAAAGAAAUAAAUCAACAUGUAUGCCCUAUUUAAUACAAAUCUAUUUAAAGUAAAACAAUAAUUUUGAUACUUCGAUUUCUCUAGUUAGUCUUUGAAAACCGAAACGCCAUAUAAACAACAUUUUAUCCACCAACAGCAAAUAAGAUUUGUAAUCGUACCAUAUAACAACUAUUAGGAAAUCCGGCAACCAAAUUGUAUCUAGUAUAUAUUAAUUCUACUCUCGGAUAGUGUAAUGGAAAAACAAACCAUUCUUAUUAUCAGCUAAAACAAUAGAGCUUAUGUAGAUAACUCGUACUUGAGAGUGGUCAAGUUCAAGUUCAAUUUGGUAUUUAAAAGACUCGGAACACUCGUAUCAAAACUAACACGUAAUUUUUUCUGAAUAUCAUCAUCAUACUUUUAAAUUGCAAUAUAAAUUUAGUAGCAAUAUGAAUUUUUCUCUGAGUAAUCCCACAACAUUUGCGUGAUAAAUAAUAGACACUUGAAAGCGAUUUUAACCCAACAGAAAACCACCUUUAUCUCGAAGCAAUGCUGAAUUAGUCUUUUUCCUCCACAGAAAAAGUUUUACAAUACAAAAAGGUACUAGAGCGCAAACAGUACUAGAUAUAUUUAUAGCGAAGAAAUUGAUAGAAACAAAACCAAACAGAUAUCCAUAUAAACGGUUGCCAAGUUGACAAAAAAAGACACGUUUUAAAAACCACAUACCCGAACACAAAGACGAAGUCAUAGUUGAGAGUAGGUCAUAUUUAAAGCGGAUGUAUGGUGAAAACCAAGAAAAAUUUUAAAGUUGAAAAAACGGCAUAAACCAGUAUAGCAUCUAGGAUAGUGAUGAAUGUUUGUCAAACAAACGCUACGUGGUGAAAUUGUUCCAAUGCUCAAAACCGAUUCCCAAAUUUUCCCAACCAAACCCUGACUCUAUUCGUCCUUGGCCAGUUGUUCAUUUUGCUUUUUCACAUUCAGGAUACUCUUCCCCUUUCGAAAGGACGCCAACUCUUUAGAGCAACAAUUAUAUAUCAAAUAUAUAGCCAACGGUUUGAAAAUGCUUUAUCUCAACGAUAAUUAAUCAUAUAGGUUUGUUUUGCAAAGCAUUAAAAAACAGUUACGAAAUUUAUUUAUUCAAAAAAACACCAGCAAUGUUGGUAAACUAAGGCAUCAAAAUUUGUUCUCGCGUGAAACAUGCAACAAUGAUAGAGGUUUAAAUAAAAGUUAGAAAUAAAAAAAACUCAUGGAACACAAAAAUAUUAAGAUUCAUCACUUAUGUGUACACACGUUUAACAAAUAAAUACAUCCAAAAUCAAGCAUAUUUAUUAAAUGUUUGGUCUAAAACUGCUGAAGUAAGUAUAGAUUUGAAGAAAAAAGAAACAAGCUUCCGAUUGUAAUACGUUUCGGAAUUCCACGGUUGAAGACAUUCAUAUAUCUAUUGUAACGGGAAGAGCCAUAAGAGAACUGACAAUGCAACUGAAUGGAGAUAUUGUGUGCAGAAAUGAAGGGAAAAAUAAAAACAAUUUAAUGUUUAUCAAAGCGAA